GCCCAGGAUCUAGACGUGGUUGAUCUGCUGCCCGGCCCCAUCUGGCACAUCAUAUUCCGCCUCCUGCUGCUGCCGCCAGCCACCUCUUCUCAGCUGAAGAAACGGGGCGAAUCCUCUCAGGAAGCGUCAUCACGGGGAGCAAGCAGCAGUUUGCGCAACUUUGUCGAUGAAAUUUGCGGCAAUAAACCCGCUUGCACUCAGCAGGUUGCCAGGGAGGAGCAUGAGAAGGGCAUAAGGCGCUUCGGCUCCUCCUGGCCUGUGCUGCGCUGUGCCAUGGCCAGCAAGCGGCUCCUCUACCAUGUCGCGUCCUUCUCC